UGGACGACAGACAGACGGAAGACAGACGGCAGAUAAAUAGUCAGACAGACGGCCCUACAAGAAUUAAAAAAAAACACCAUGUGAAGGAAAAGUAUAUAAAGCGUGUUUUUUAGGGGUUGGUUCUGUUUUUUGCCCCCCUCCCAACGCCUUGCGGUUUGGCAGAGAGCGGAUGGACAGUGAAGGAGAAGCGCUGAACAAUCCGGUGUAAGCAGACUAAUAUACCAUGCCGACGAAUGAUGGCCCAAGCCGCUUCCCGUUCUUCGUGGCCCCGCCUAAUGGCCACCACCAGCGGGCACCAGGAUACGUCCCUGGCCGAGUGGCUCCGGUCCGUUCGCCACCACCUGCCAAAGCCCCGCCACCUCCACCGGUAAAACCUCACGGUCCACCUGCAGAGGGACGAGCCACAUUCAGCUUGUCAGAGGAGAACCAGCGCAGGGGGCAUGCAGAGAGCCUCGAUAGAAGAAAAAACACCUUCAUAUGUUUCGGAGUGUCCCUGGGGGCUUUCUUCCUUUCUCUCAUCCUCAUCCUUAGCCUUACCAGUGGUGAGGUGUUGGACGAAAAUUGUCCAGACCAUAACCCAUCCCUGAGCAGCUGGAGCCCAGGUCACCAAUCAGAGAGGGCUGUUGUGGUCAGCAAGGGAAACCUGUUCCGACUGGAUGCCUCAGCUACCUUGCAUUCGCUAACUAUCCAGGCAGGAGGUCGGGUGGUUUUUGCAGACAAUGCUGAUGGCUCCAAAAAUAUAACCUUGAGAACGCGGCAUAUAUUGAUAGAGGAUGGUGGAGCCCUGCACAUCGGUGCACCCAAGUGCCGCUACCGUUCUCGCGCCACCAUCGUCCUUUUCGGCCGCUCAGAUGACAAAACCGUCUCUGAAGUCCCAGGUCUGGGCCGCAAGUUCAUCGGAGUGCUGAGCGGGGGAACUCUGGAGCUCCACGGAACAGAGAGGGUUUCCUGGUCUCUGCUGACCCGGACCGUGCCGGCUACUGGAUUAGCCUCAGGAGGUCAUGCCUUCCAAAAGAACUUCAGCCGCGGCAUCAACCUGCGUGUGGUGGACCAGGACACGGCCACCUUGCUGUUGGCCGAGCGCUACGACACACACGAGUCCCGCAGCGACAGUCGGCGGCUCACCCAGCUGCUCCGCUCCUUGCCAGCGGGCCGUAUCGUGACGCUGGCUGUGGGAGACUCGGCCGUCAAGAGCCUGCUGGAGGAAACAAAGAAGACCAUUGAAGAGAAGCUUGGCAGCAGCCAUGUCUACGAUCUCAAAUACAGGCAGGCGUGGGCUCUGGUCUCGGUGGUAGACGGCGGCAAUGCUUCGUGCUCGGAGGACGUUAGGGAGCACGAGAACCAUGACACGGGAGGGAAGGCCCUGGCCAGACGUAACUUCACCACCGUGGACGGAGUGGGCUUCUCUGUCACCGCCUACAGCGAAUGGAGGAAUGGAUUCCCCAUCUCAGGCUUUCAGGUGGAUGCGGUGGACCAGGUAGUGCUUAAUUUGCAGGAUGAAGUGCAGCAGACCUGGCAACCCGGAGAUCAGGUUGUGAUUGCCAGCACAGAUUACUCCAUGCACCAGGCUGAGGAGUUCACCCUGCUGCCCUGCGCUCACUGCAGCAGCAGGCAGGUCAGGAUACGAGGGAGGCCCCAGUAUAACCACAUAGGGGAGGUCAUAGAUGGGGUGGACAUGCGUGCAGAGGUGGCACUGCUCUCCAGGAAUAUUCUCAUCUACGGGGAAGUGGAAAAUUCCUGUUAUGGAAACAACGCAUGCCAGUUCUACAACCACGACACCUAUGGAGGCCACGUCAAGAUCUUUGGGAACUUCUCAUCGGUGCAUCUGUCCCAUGUGGAGCUAAAGAACAUGGGCCAGCAGGGAGAAAGAGGCCGCUACCCGCUCCACUUCCACAUGUGUGGGGACGUUGACCAGAAGGGAGGCUAUAGGGAGCCCACCUAUGUGGAUGGACUGUCCAUACACCACUCCUUCUCUCGGUGCCUUAGCAUACACACCACAAAUGGGUUGCUGGUGAAGCACACUGUGGGCUAUGACACUUUUGGCCACUGUUUUUUUCUUGAGGAUGGAAUUGAGCAACGCAACACUUUCUAUCACAACUUGGGUCUUUUAACCCGACCUGGGACUUUGCUGCCGACCGAGCGCAAUGAGACUGUGUGCACCAGUAUCAAGGACAAUGUCUACAAGGGCUACUCGCCCUCACCCAGCACAGAGUGCAAGGCGGUUUCAACAUUCUGGAUCGCCAACCCCAACAACAACCUAAUCAGCAAUGCUGCGGCUGGUUCUCAGGAUGCCGGAAUAUGGUAUGUGUUCCACAGCUCUUCUACAGGAGACUCUCAUGGGCUGGUACCAGAGACCAAGGCAGAGCUCACUCCCCUGGGAAUCUUCUACAACAACCGUGUACAUUCCAACUUUAAGGCAGGGCUGUUCAUUGAUAAAGGUGUGAAGACUACCAAUGCCAGUGCCGCCGAUCCCAGGGAAUACCUGUGUUUGGACAACAGUGCCAGAUUCCGACCACACCAAAACGCUGAUCCCAGCCGUCCUCGUGUGGCAGCGGUCAUUGACACCCUCAUAUCCUUUAAAAACAACGAUUUGGGUGCCUGGAUACGGGGCGGUGACAUCAUCAUCCAGAACUCAGGGUUUGCAGACAAUGGAGUGGGGUUGUCCUUUGCCAGCGAUGGCAGCUACCCUAAAGAUGAAGGCUCCAGCCAGGAGGUGACCCAGUCCUUGUUUGUGGGUGAGAGCAGAAACCGAGGGACCAACGGAGGACAGAAUAAAUACUGGGGUGUGGGAGGGGCCGAUGGCAAAAUGAGGACACUACCUCGGAACAGGACUUUCCCAAUCCGUGGUUUUCAAAUCUAUGAUGGUCCGGUGCGGGUGACAAGAAGUACGUUCCGCGGGUUUGUCCCCACACCCGAACGUUUUACCAGCGCUGUGGGAUUCAACCUGAAGAACACCUGGCAGCUCACUCCACGUAACAACCUGUCCCAGCUCAACUUCCACCCCACGGUGGGUCUGAGAGCGUUCUUCGGUCGCCCGGGCCAGUGGUUUGGGGAGAACGACCUGGACGGAGACAGGAACUCAAUCUUCCAUGAUGUGGAUGGGUCAGUGACUGGCUACAAAGACACCUACGUGGGCAGAGCAGACAACUUCCUGCUACAACACCCUGGUUGUGUGAAUGUCUCCCAGUGGAACGGAGUGGUCUGUAGCGGGCUUUACUCUCAGAUAUACAUCCAGACCCAGGGAGCCCCCAACCUCAGUUUGUCUAUCAGCAGAGACGACUACCCUGAGGCCCCUCUGGUUUUAAGGGGCAUUAACAGUCAGGGGGCACUGUCGCAGCAGUACCAGCCUGUCCUGAUGAUGAGCAAGAGCUACACGUUGCACUGGAAUGGACUGGCGCCCAAAGAGGUCGUCCUCUCUCUCAUCAACUUCAACAAAGGUGACUGGGUGCUGGUUGGUCUCUGUUACCCAGGAGACACCGUGUUCCAGGUGAUGGCAGAUAUCAACGAUCGCCAAAGCAACAGUUUCGAUGACUUCACCGACUAUGGUACCGUGGCGACCCUGGCGGAGCUGGAGGGGAGACCAAUGGAAAGGAAGUACUUCUUUGACCGUAGUGUUGGGUUGUUAUGGUUCUACCUCCGGGCUAGACACGGGCGAGAUGGUCAGAGUUACUGCUCAGUGAGAGGCUGUGAGAGGGUAAAGGUUAUCGCCACCACGUCCUCCAGACAGACCUGUAAUUGCACAGCCAAAGCCUACCCCAAAUACACCAAGAUCCCCUCAGUGGUGGUCCCUAUGCCACCCCAUAACACACAGCUAUGCAAAGGCUGUGGUGCCAAACAGCUGGUGUUCUCCAGUGAGCCUUGGACGUCCUACCUCCAGACACAGAUAAAGUCCCUCAGCACCAAGGAACAACAGAAUGGAGACAACAGCUCUUUUAUCACUGUGAAUGAGGUGACAAUCUCCUUCACCCAGCCUGGGUAUUUUCUGGUGUUGGUCGACGCCUGUUCUGGGAAAGUCACCAAGAAAGCAUCCUUUGCUAAGACCGAUGCCAGGAUGGAGCAGCAGCUUAAAAAUGGAAUACCAGAGAGGUCAAUUGUGCUAAUGGCAACACGAGGUCAGCCAGAAGAUCUAGUUGGUAUAGCGUCCUAUCUGGUCCCCUUUGGACUUGCCAAGGUUGCUGACUUGCAAACAAAAGAGAGUCUGGCAUUCUGGGGGUUCCACCGUGGUUCUUCACCCCCUCCUUGGGUCUCGCUCGAAGUUGGACAGGGCAGCGAGGUUGCGGGGUUGCAGGAGCGCUACCUGCCCCUUGGCCUGGAGGCUUACGGCUGUCAGCCACCCGGAGGUCAAUUGCGCAAAGACCUCGAGCUGCUCAAAACAGCCACGAGACUACAGUAACCCAUGUUGAACCACCCAGCUCAACGACCCGGAACAGACUUGUGUGUACACAUGCUUACACGCACAUACAUACACACAUAUGCACGCAUACACACACACACACACACACACACACACACACACACACACACACACACACACACACAGAGCCAGCUGAUGAAUGUGAACUGCUGAACUUUUAAUUUAUUAACAAUGGCAAAGAUGUUUACCAUUUUGAAGAGGAGGGGAAGUAUUUUAUUUUGAGUGAGGUGAGUAUUUUUGUGACUUUGUGUGUGUAUGCAUAUGUGUAAGGAAGGCUUGGGGGUGGGGGGGGACUGUUGAGUUGGUGCACUUUCCGUUUAAAGACACAACCUGCCUUAGCCAAGGUGAUCUCAUGAAUUAGUACAAUAAUUGGAUCAUAAUUAUCACAGACAACAAAAAGCGUAAAAAACCCGUCUACCCUGCUCAGCUUAUUUGUUAUGCUGGUGAUGAAAGCUGUGAAAGAAUGGGAAUAAGGCGAACAAGUGGACAAAAUCCAUUAUAUGCAACCCGGUGAGGAGAAACGUCAAUUAAAUGGAAAUGGAACAGUAAAUAGAAACCAUGUUUGAUUAGAUUUGAAAAUGAGAAAAGAUAAAAGAUGGUUUAAAUUUGCUUAGGUUGAGAAAAAAAAUGCAUUUCACAUAAGGCAACAUCAUAUCAAGCCAGAAGUUAACAAAACAAAACUAUGUUAGCUGUGCUGCAUACUGUUGAUACAGUAAAUCUGAAGAAAAUAGGUUUUUAUCAAACAACCAGCCAACCAAAGCCAUAUUAAAACAAAGCUUUAAAUGGUUGUUUGUGUGUAUAUAGUACAAUAAUUUAGCAGUGACUUGUAAACACGACCGGUUAUCGUUACUGACCUGAGAUUCUGAUACCAACACACACACACCAUUAUAGAGGCAACACAAACACAACUGGACGUACUAUGUCGCCCAUUACACCUGCAGCCAUGCUUGUAACUCCAGUCUCCCACAAAGCAUCCCUCGGUGUUUUCCAGUUGUCGGGAGUUGGCGAACUGAAAUUCAAAUUGAAAAACCUCUGAUCAUCGCGCAGCUGUGGAACAAAAGCACCUUUUUUAUGGAUUCCUACAAAGACUUACUGGAACGUUUGUCACUCAGUUAUUCUAUUUAUCUCUUCUGUUCGUCUGUGUCUGCAGUGCUCGCUACAUGUACAGCAAAGAUGUGUCUUCCUCCCGUUUCCAUUGUCUUUCCCCUCUAUCUGAAAUGAAUGUUUAAUCUUUACCUUUUUAUCUGCCUCAUUUUUUUUUAACUUUUUGGUGUGCGUCAAUGCAAAAGCUUGGUGUUGAGAUACUACAUAUACAGGGUGCCUUUUUUUUAUCAGGAGGUGGUGCCCUGGUUUUACGGUGGUAAGAUGGAACCGUGUAGCUCAUCUGCAGGCUCUUAGGGUGUAAGACUCCCCUCUGGGGCUUAUAUCGGCCGUAAUUGUGACUGGACGUGAGCAGGGCUCCCCCACUGAGCAAAGAUAUAUACCUUUCUGUGAAUGUUUGUGUGUGUGUGUGCGCGAUUAUUAAAUACUGUGUGCGUCUACCUUGUACGUCUACGUUGGCAGACGAGUGACUGUAAGACAGAAAUCCUCUGGAUGACGAGAACCGCAGUGCCUUUUUAACCACUCUACUGUUAAGGUGAAAGAACCAAGUAAAUCUCUUUCCAUAAGUAGGUUUUCCUUCACUUGAUACCUUUAAAGAUACACAACCAAAGAGCUCUUAACUUUUGAUGCGAAACGAGCUUUGUAAAUGUGGUGUUCCGAUGUUGUUCAAAAUGUGCGUGUAAACAAAAUAUUACUGGUUGUUUGUUGAUAGUGCAUGUGUUCAUAUUUGUAAGAAUUUUUACUUUUUUUUUUCUAGUGAAAUCUCGAGUUACCGGAGAGAAAGUCAUUGUUGAAAUUCAGCAUUGUUUUGUCAUGAAAUUGCAGUCAAUAAACAUUUAUGCUUUU